AUGGCACGGUUCCCUGUGGUUUUGGAUACCGCGGAACAUCGGGCCGCCGCCACCGCAGACACCGUGGCCCCGGCUGCUGUCCCAUCACUGGCGACCGCUGCAAUGGGCAGCCGGCUACACACCACCCACUGCAGCCGCAUAUCAAGGGCGACGGCACAUUCCGCCCCGGCUCGAGCCCUGCAGCACGUCAUCGGCGAAGCAGCUAUCCCGCCGCAGCUCGAGCCCAGCAACACCAACAGCAACGCGCAAGUUGCUUCGGCUGCAGCACCGCAGCACGUCAUCGGCGAGGUCGCAUUCCCGCCCCGGCUCGAGCCCUGCAGCACAUCAUCGGUGAAGCAGCAAUCCCGCCGCAGCUCGAGCCCCGCAUCACCAACAGCAACGCGCAAGUUGCUUCGGCUGCCGCACCUCAGCACAUCAUCGACGAGGUCGCAAUCCCGCCAAGGCUCGAGUCCGCCUCAUCAUCGGCAACCCGCAGGUUGCUUUGACUGCAGCACGGCAGCAUGUCAUCGGCGAGGUCGCAUUCCCGCCGCGGCUCGAGCCCCGCAUCACCAACGGCGACACGUAAGUCGCCUCGGCUGCAACGCAGCAGCCUCGCAUCAUAGGCGACGACACAUUCCGCCUCACCUGCAGCAAACCCAGCACGUCCAGCCAGAGACGCCAUCGCUGUGGCCGGCCAUUGCUGUCGCCGGUCAUGGCCCUGCCGGCGUAGCAGCGACGCUACAACCCGAGGACAGCGAACGCGGCAUCAUCGCCGCCGCCCCGGGACAACGGUGCACCAUAGCAGACGCUCCCGAGGACAGCGAACGCGGCAUCAUCGCCGCCGCCCCGGGACAACAGCUCAUCAUCAACAGUCGCAACUCGCGGAACGCGAACGCGGCAUCAUCGCAGCUGCCCCGGGAACAUGAGCGCAGCAGCAUCACGAUUCCCACUACGUACCAUCGGUCGAAGGGUGUCACCACGCUGGUAUUCCGUUGUGGAAUACCACCCGCGUCGGUUCGACCCUUCGGUUAUUAA